UUGAAGCAGCAUCUGCCGUUCCUUCCCAAACAGAAGGGAGGACACAUUUACACUAACAAACUCCUUCUGUUCCUUUCAGACUUGCAGUAAGGUGUGAGGACAAGCCCUUGACUCCAGGCCGGGACGUCAGAGUGUGGAUAAACCCUCGGUCCAUGUGAAGCAACAGAGCGGAUGGAACAAGGUUCGCAGGAGAUCAGUUUCCUCCCGGGCUUGAUGGAGCCAGUGCCGGAGGGAGGAGUGGACACACGGGCGGCUAAAGAGGAGGAGCUGCAGGACAGGGGAAGCUGGAAGGGGAGGUUUGACUUCCUCCUGUCCUGCGUGGGGUACGCCAUUGGACUGGGCAACGUCUGGAGAUUCCCUUAUCUCUGUGGGAAGAACGGUGGAGGUGCCUUCCUGAUCCCGUAUUUUCUGACGCUGAUAUUUGCUGGAAUCCCCCUGUUUCUGCUGGAGACGGCUCUGGGCCAGUACACUUCCAUCGGGGGCCUUGGUGUCUGGAAGCUCGCUCCCAUGUUCAAAGGUGUUGGAAUGGCUGCUGUCAUCUUGUCAUUUUGGCUCAACAUCUACUAUAUAGUCAUCAUCGCCUGGGCUCUCUACUAUCUCUUCAGCUCCUUCACAAUGGACCUUCCGUGGCAAAGCUGUGACAAUGACUGGAACACGGAGCUUUGUUUCUCCAACUUCUCGCUGGUCGACACCACCAACCUGACCAGUGCCGUGACUGAGUUUUGGGAGCGAAAUAUGCACCAGAUGAGUAGUGGUCUGGAGGAGCCCGGCACCCUACGUUGGCCUUUAGCUGGGACCCUGGCCCUGGCUUGGAUUCUCGUUUACUUCUCCAUCUGGAAGGGCGUGGAGUGGACGGGAAAGGUUGUGUACUUCUCCGCCACCUACCCCUACGUCAUGCUGUUCAUUUUGUUCUUCCGCGGAGUCACCCUCCCUGGGGCGAGGGAAGGCAUCUUGUUCUACCUCACUCCCAACUUCAGCAAGCUCGCCAGCUCCCAGGUCUGGCUUGAUGCGGCGACACAGAUAUUCUUCUCCUACGGGCUUGGUCUGGGAUCACUCAUCGCUCUGGGCAGUUACAAUCAUUUCCACAACAACAUUUACAGAGAUUGCCUCAUUGUGUGCAGCGUCAACUCCUGCACCAGCAUAUUUGCUGGUAUUGUCAUCUUCUCCGUCAUUGGCUUCAUGUCCCACAUCACCAACAAACCCAUCAGUGAACUGGCAUCGUCAGGACCUGGCCUGGCGUUUCUUGUGUACCCCCAGGCAGUGACUCAACUACAUCCAGCAUCACUCUGGGCCAUUCUCUUCUUCUCCAUGCUACUGAUGCUUGGCCUUGACUCGCAGUUCUGUACGGUGGAAGGCUUUGUUACCGCUCUCAUGGACGAAUACCCGCGAAGUUUGCGUCGACACAAAAAGAAGUUCAUCGGGUCGGUGUGCUUCAUCUCGUACCUUGCCGGGUUGUGCAUGGUCACUCAGGGUGGUCUGUAUAUCUUCAAGUUGUUCGAUUACUACUCAGCCAGUGGCAUGACUCUCCUCUUCCUGGUUUUCUUCGAGACCAUCUCAAUAUCUUGGUUUUAUGGAGUCAACAAGUUUUAUAAAAACAUUGAGGAGAUGAUUGGGUACAAACCGUGCAUUUGGUGGAAGCUUUGUUGGGUAUAUUUUACACCCAUUAUAGUUCUGGGAGUGUUUCUCUUCAGCGCCGUGGAGAUGUCACCUUUGACCCUUGGCAACUAUGUCUACCCCAAAUGGGGUCAGGGUAUUGGCUGGUUUAUGGCCCUCUCCUCCAUGGUCUUCAUCCCGGGAUACAUGGUCUACUUGUUCUUCACCACCGAGGGAACUCUGGUGCAGGUACGGAGAAAAACAUAG